AUGGCCACUACAGCUCCAACGACCACCCAACUCCCACCAACUUCCGAUGUGCAACCAUCCAAGAUGACAAGCAUCAAAACACUAGCUAAAUCGCCUGAUCUCAAAACCAUCCCUUCCAACUAUGCUUACUCCACAAAUCCAGAUGAAACCACUGCUUCAGACCAAGAAGUUUCAGUCCCUAUCAUUGAUUUUUCCCUGCUCACCUCUGGUACUCCUGAGCAACGCUCCAAAGCCAUACAAGACCUCAACAAAGCCUGUCAAGAUUGGGGAUUCUUCAUGGUGGUUAACCAUGGUGUACCAGAGGCUCUGAUGAAGGCGAUGAUCAAUGCGAGUGAUGAAUUUUUCAAUCUAUCGAAGGAGGAGAAGCAAGAGUUUGCAGGGAAAUAUGUUUUAGACCCAAUCAGGUGCGGUACCAGCUUCAAUCCUUCCAAGGAAAAGGUUUUCUUCUGGAGAGAUUUUCUGAAGGUCAUUGUGCAUCCUGAGUUUCACUUUCCCAACAAACCUAUAGGUUUCAGCGAGCUUUCAUCAGAGUAUUGCAAAAGAACCCGAAAAGUUGCAAGAGAAUUACUCAAAGGAAUAUCAGAGAGCCUAGGAGUGGACAACAAUUAUAUGGAAAAAACUUUGAAUUUGGACUCAGGUCUACAAAUCUUUAUUCUCAAUCUGUAUCCACCUUGUCCACAGCCUGAACUUGCAAUGGGUUUGCCACCUCAUUCAGAUCAUGGCCUCCUCACCCUCCUUAUACAGAAUGAAGUUCCAGGCCUCCAAGUGCAACACAAUGGGAAGUGGGUCACUGUUAAUCCCCUUCCUAACUCUUUUCUGGUAAACACUGCCGAUCACCUUGAGAUAUUCAGCAAUGGGAAGUACAAGAGCGUCGUGCAUCGAGCAGUUGUGAAUAACAGACUUACAAGAAUGUCUCUAGCCAUGGCCCACGGACCCUCUCUCGAAACAACUGUUUCACCAGCUUCCAACUUGUUAGACAGUGAAAACAAUCCCCCUGCAUAUAUUCCAAUGAAAUACAAGCAAUAUCUGGAGCUGCAACAAGGCAACCAGCUUGAUCGGAAAUCCUGCUUGGGUCGGGUUCGGGUUCGGGUUCAAAGCGAAUAGCUGAGUGCAUCAUAUCCACAUACCAUAUUUGGCCGGGGCCAAUCACUAGCAAGUGUACGCCGAAAAAACGUUGUGAUUUUUCGUUGUUUGGUUGUGAUGCUACGUGUCAGUAGUGUUGAUAUUUUAUUAGAAUUGUGAUGAAUAU